GACGUUAGGAGGAAGGAAGUUUGAAGGGAUGGUGAAGCAACACAACCGGGAAGUUAAACAACGAGAAAACCUUCGAUUAUUUUCUUGUAGCAAACUCUCCACUUUUUAAUAAUUCAACACCGUUCAAAACUCUCAACCCCGAGGAGGGUCGCUUGGGUUGCGGUGGAAAGAUGAACUACGACCCGGAGCGAGAGGGUGCAGAUCCUGCUGGAAUGGACAAAGUGGACAGGACGAAGAAGGAAGUCGAAGAAGUCCGACAAAUCAUGACACAAAAUAUGGAACUUAUCAUUGAACGAGAAGAAAAAAUGGACAACCUCGUGAAGAAGUCAGAGGGCCUGGUAGAUGGGGCCCAGACCUUCAAGAAAACGUCCACUCAAGUGGCUCGCUCUUACUGGUGGAAGAAUGUCAAGCUGGUGGUGGUCAUCGUGGUCAUCGUGCUGAUCAUCGUCCUCAUCAUCAUCCUGUUGGCCACCGGCGUCAUCCCAGUCAGCGCACCUCUGCCGCCAAUUGUCUCACCCACGCCUGCUGGCCCGUAAACACACACACACACACACACACACACACAGUGAUUGUAUAUACAGACUUAAUUUAAUCCUGUAGUUGCACAGUUCCAAAAUAAUAGCACAUAUUUAGCAAACUGCUGCUGCGCCCUUGCUUUUUAGGUCCAGUUGGUGACUUUUAAUUUGAUCAGUUUGGAACUUUGGCAGUUUACCACAAGAAACCCUUUUUUUUUAGUCACUGUUAAAGGACGCUAAAUGAAAAGGUUUAUCGCCUUAUUGGUGACGUCCUUUAGGACCGAAGCGUCCUCCAGUCACGUGCGGGUCGCAUCUUUAUGCGGGGUCGUUCCUCCAGAUGCAAAACGGACAACUACGGACGAAAACGUGAAGGUAGGGGAUGAUUUAUUAACCAUAAAUCAUACACUAUACCGAGAGACAGAAAACAAACAAAAGACAAGCGUGCCGAAUCGCACGGGAAGUUAAGGCAACAACUUGGCACAGGAAUCAACCAACGUAACAGUUGCAUACCGCAAACAAAGAAGCCAGGACGAGUGAUCAACAAAGGCAGGCUUAAAUAAUAAUCGCAUGAUUAGCAACAGGUGUGAUCCGAACAAAUGAAGCAGGUGAAACUAAUGAGUCGCCAUGGUGACAAAACAAACAAGGAAGCGCAAACCGGAACUAGUAGAGUCCAAAACUAAAAGAACAUAACUAAACAAAACAUGAUCAUGACAGAGCCCCCCCUUAAGGACAGAUUCCAGAUAUCCAAAACCACAAGAAAAAACAAGCAGGGUCUAAAGUCACGGGAGGGCGGAGGGAGGACUUGGCGGUGGGUCGCCAGACCAAGUGUCCCCGAAUCCACCGUGGCGGCGGCGAGUGGAACGCCGCUGCAGCAGGCAAGGCGGGCGACCCGGGAACGGCCACAUUCGUGGCUGAAAGCUAAAGAACAAAAACUUACGAGCACAGGAAUCAUAAAACUCGGAAACCAGAAUACCAACGUAACUUGUUGCGAAUGCAAACAAUGAAGCCACGACGAGUGACCGGAAAAGGCAGGCUAAAAUAAUAAUCUCAUGAUUAGCGACAGGUGAGCGUGAAAGGCAGGUGAAAAUCACAAGUAACCAUGGUGACUAAACUCAGGAGGUGCACAAACAGGAACUAAAGGAGUCCAAAACAAACAGAUAACACAAAACAUGAUCCGGACCACGGAUCAUGACACCUCCAGCUGCUAUGUGGUUGGGAAAGUCCAAAUGGUGGCCCUCGCUUGUACUGAUGCACUUUUACAAAACCAUGUGCUUCGUUUCAAAGAUGGAAAAUGUCUAUUAUACAGUCGAAUAUGUUACAAUUUGUGUGCUUUUUGUAGUGCAAAAAAGGCAAUAAACUAGGCAUGAAACAUACAUCAAGUGUUGAAACUAGCGUCCCCUACAGUGAAGUUAAAAGUUGACAAUGUUUAACAAAGAUGUGAUGGAAAAACCACAAAAAAAUGUAUUUUUUUUUAGCUUGUUUCAUUUUAGUGGACACAUAAUCGUAGCUCGAUCAGCUUUUUGUACGUCGUCGUGUGAUUUUUUUUGUGUUGUGUGGCAAGCCUCUCACUUCCUUGCUUCACCGCUCCUCCCCCUUUGACCCCUAAACCAAAGCAGCAGCGUUCACGCAGCGAUGGGUACGUUUGCAUUUGGAGGAGCAGGAGCUUCUUAUGGGAGGAUUUGUUGCAUCGUGUCAAUAAGUCGACCAUAUUGUUUGUAUUUAAAGCGCUAUACCUCGGUUUUCCUUCGCAAGCCCAACCAACCCCGAAUCAUACGGAAACCAAAGCAAAUUUUCCCAUGAAAAAAACAAAAACGCUGAACUAGGGCUGGGCGAUAUAUCAAAUAUACUUGAUAUAUCGCGGGUUUAAAGAAAAUGACUAUAUCGUGAUAUUCGAGUAUACGUUCUCACGCAGUUGCUUUUAGCUGCGGGCAUUACACUACAGGCUCUUCUCACUCUUUCUUGUCUCUCCUUCUCACAGAGACAUAAAACAAGCGCACCUUCUUACAUACGUCACAUAGGUAUACGCCCUGGCGGAGCAGAGAGGUAGCGGCAUGUGUAACGUUAGCUGUGGUGCGAGUGGUAAUACGAGAGAAAAAAGGUGCGGAGCUGGUAACAAAAUGAAGGAAGAAUUAAUUCCCGAGAAAAACAGCACGGGGUCCAUUGUCUGGCGGUGGUUUGGCUUCAAGCGGGAAGAUGUUGAACAGACAACCGUAAUUUGUCAAGUGUGGGGCAAAAGCGUUGCUACAAAAAGUAGCAUUACUGCUAAUAUUUAGCAUCAUUUGAAAAGUCACCUGCUAAAGCAGGGGUGUCAAACUCAAAUACAGAGUGGGCCAAAAUUUAAAACUGAACAAAGCCGUGGGCCAAGGUUGAACAAAUGAACCUUUUAAUAGGGACCCAAACAAGUUUUGCAUUGAACAUUGAACAAGCAAGGCUUAUAUAACGUUAUAGUGACAUGCAAAAUCGAGUUACAAAUAAUAAUAAUAAUAAUAAUUAAAAAAUAUAAAUGGCAUAUCAAAUAAAAUGUAAAUAAAAAUUGAAUGCCUCUUUAUUUGCAGCCUUCUGAGGUAAAUAUCAAAAUAACAUUUUUCCACAGGCGAAUAAUACAUUUUAAAAUAAAAUAAUAAUGAAUGAAUCAAACAUUCAAGCCUUGAAGUAGCAAGAGAAAGUGCAUGAAUAAAACGUUAAUUAUUGCUCAGUUUGCUACACUGAGUUGCUUUAACACUGAAUAUGGAACAAGCAACGCUUAUAUAACUUAAAAGUGCAAAAUCAACUUUAAAAAAGUUGAGGUGGCGGGUGGGGUUGAGGUGGACGGGGUUUGGUGG